AGUGAGUAAUUUGUUUGUAAUAAUGCAUUAACAUGGAUCCAGCCUCACAUUGUCCUUAAUUUUAGCUUUCUUCUUCCUCAAUCCAAAUUCCCUCAACUUUUUUCUUCCCAAAACCACAUUCCAUCUAUCUUUUCAUCUUUUUCCCUUUUUUUUUUUUUUGAAUUUUCUGCUGUAACAAUUCAUGGUUACGUGAUUAUUCCCACCACUUUCUUCCUCCCAAAACCAAAACCACAACCACGUUAAUUUCAUCCUUUUUCCCCUUCAAUUUUCUUUGUUCGAAUUUUUUGAUUUGUAGAAUUCAUGUUUACAUGAUUUUGAUCGAGAAUGACACCGCGGAAAAAGAAUCCAAAUGGAUAGAGAUUAUUAUAGAUACAUAAUCGCGGAUGAUGUAUAUGUAUACAUGCAGGCAGAGAUUCCGCGUGGUGGGUAAGAAGAGAGGGAAAGAGGUAGUUAGAGAGAGAGGGAAAUGGGGAGCUACAAUUAUUACAAGAUGUUCGGGUGCUUCAACCGGAAGUUCAAGAUCAGCGAGUCGGAGCCGCCGCCGGACGUGAGAGAGGCGUUCUGGCGGUUCACGGCGGGGGCGCAGCAGAUGACGGCGGAGCAGCUGCUCAAGUUCAUGGUGCAGCACCAGGAGGAUUACAACUGCACCGCCGUGGACGUGCAGGAUAUCAUGCAGCACGUCUUCCACCGCCGCCACCACCACAACCUCCAACAAGAGAUUAAGCACCUCGCCUUCACCCUUGAGGACUUCUUCUAUUUCCUUUUUCAAGAUGAUCUCAAUGGCCCUAUCAAUCCCCAGGUACACCAUGACAUGACUGCUCCGUUGCAUCAUUAUUUCAUAUAUACAGGUCACAAUUCCUACUUAACCGGGAACCAGUUGAGCAGUGACUGUAGUGAAAUCCCUAUUGUAAGAGCUCUUGAAAAUGGUGUGAGGGGAAUCGAGCUCGAUUUAUGGCCCAAUUCUACCAAAGAUAAUGUACAUGUGCUUCAUGGAAGAACGCUUACGACACCAGUGCCACUCAUCAAAUGCUUCAAGUCUAUAAAAGAGCACGCGUUUGUCAAAUCGCCUUACCCUGUCAUAAUCACGUUAGAGGAUCAUCUCACUCCGGAGCUCCAGGCUAGAGUGGCAGAGAUGGCAAUACGAAUUUUUGGAGAAUCGUUGUAUUGCCCUGAAUCAGGCUGCGUGGAGGAAUUUCCACCGGUUGAGUCCUUGAGGCAUAAGAUUAUACUCUCAACAAAGCCACCUAAAGAGUAUCUCGGAUCCAAUCACAGCAAGGAAGGAGAAACAUCCUCACCAAAGGAUAAAGAAUUUUCUGACGAUGAGACUGAAGCUGAAUCUGAAGUUGAUGACAAGCCAGAAUAUCAGAGCGACAGUGAUUAUGAGGAUUACGACAACUGUGGUAGAAGAUCGGGCAAUGUGGCAGCACCGGAAUACAAGCGUCUGAUUGCCAUUCAUGCCGGGAAUGCCAAGAAGAAGUGCUUGAGGCAGGUGCUGAGAAUCAGAAUUGACAGAGCUAGACGGCUUAGUUUGAGCGAGCAAGAACUUGAAAGGGCUGCAGCCUUGUAUGCUAGUGACGUCGUGAGGUUCACCCAGAAGCACUUGUUGAGGGUGUUUCCUAAGGGAACGCGGGUAACUUCAUCAAAUUUUAGUCCAAUCAUGGCGUGGAUGCAUGGAGCGCAGAUGGUCGCGUUUAAUAUGCAGGGAUAUGGAAAAUCUCUUUGGAUGAUGCAUGGAUUCUUCAGAGCGAAUGGAGGCUGUGGUUAUUUCAAGAAACCACAUUUGCUUAUGAGCAAGAAUUCAAACGGCGAUGUCUUUGAUCCCAAAUUGCCAUGGCCUGUGAGGGUGACGUUAAAGGUAAUCGUGUACAUGGGAGACGGGUGGCGUCUGGAUUUCAGCCACACUCACUUUGAUACGUAUUCACCACCGGACUUCUAUACAAAGAUAUAUGUCAUCGGUGUGCCACUAGACGCCACCAAGAGCAAAACGAGGGUAAUAGAAGACGAUUGGGCGCCUUACUGGGAUCAAGAGUUCACUUUUCCAUUAAGAGUUCCGGAGCUAGCUCUCCUACGGAUAGAAGUCCGCGAGUAUGAUAGAUCGGACAAGGAUGAUUUCGGAGGGCAGACAUGUAUACCGGUGUCGGAGUUGAGACCGGGGAUUCGAGCAGUUCCACUCUACGACAAGAAGGGUCGGAAAUUCAAAUCUGUUAGGCUUCUUAUGAGGUUUAGGUUUGAAUGAAAUGUAUUUUUGUUCAAAUUUGUAUACAUGUUUUUUAUUUAUUUUUUCUGUAUUUGGGCAUGCAUGCAAGGUUUGUUAUGUCCAAUUCCUUUGUACAAAAGUUGUUGCAUUUGUUAGAAAGGAUUAAGCAAUAGAGGACUUGUAGUAUGUAAUGAGUUUUAAAUUGACUAGAGAAACUCCAAGAAUUAUAAAAACUUGUGUGAAACUUCUCAUGAUCAAAUUAUAAUUGAAAUUUAGUAUGAUUUCAUGAUUAAUAUAGAGAA